GCUACUAUGAAGUGGUUCAUUUUGAAGCUCUACUUGUUUUCAAUAUUUCUCCCACAACUUAUUUGCAGUGCAGAAAGCGAAAAGGUCGAAGAUGGCGUAUUAUACAGCACUUCUGUAAUGAGCAUGGUUAAGCUUUUAGAUAUGGAAGAUUCUUUAAAAGAAAACGUAGAGAUAUAUGUUCGGGAAAUGCAAGCCAAAUUGGAUAUGAUCAAAUUAUUCCUAUAUUCAAUAAAAAGAGAACAACAGCUGAGAACCCUAGAGGAAAAAGAAGAGUUUAUGGCAAAUCCUUUAAAUGCAUUUCCUUUACUAAGACGCCUCAAUCAAGACUGGCCCAAGUGGCUUAAAUUUCUAAAAAUAGCCAUAGCUCCAAAUAAUACAAAGGCAAUGCAAACACACUUAAAAUCAGCGCCUAGUAAUGAUGAUCUUAACGUGGCUCUUAAAGGUAUGACGCGUAUCGAACAAUUUUACAAUCAACAUGCGGAGGAUUUAACCAAAGGUUUCUUGUUGGAUCAGAAAUUCGACUCUCAUUUGACAGCUCCCGAUUGUAUUUCCUUAGCUGAUUUCUAUUAUAAUCAAACGCGAUUUACUGAUUGCACUCAUUGGUAUCGCAUGGCCCUAAGACUUCAUAAGAAUCCCCAAGGAAAAUUAUACGAAAGGGUAUUGGGUUUGAAGAGAAAGAAUAUCUAUAAAAAAUACGCCAAAGCUUUGCUUAAAGAAUGUUAGUAUAGUUAGCAUAUUGGGGCGGACCUAAGGUUACAUUACUGUUUUUUGCUUCUGACGUCGAAGGUGGUGCUACUGUCUUUACAAAAUCAAAAGUAUCAGUUUUUCCCCGAAAAGGGAGCAGUUUGUUUUGGUAUAAUCUUUUAGACGAUGGAACCCCAGAUCGUCGGAGCGUACAGGCUGAAUGCCCGGUUCUAAAAGGAAAUAAAUGGGUUUUUACUAAAUGGAUAAAGGAGAUAAACAGUCAGUGCACACAUAGGACCAAAAGUUGAAAAAACUUUAACAUAAAAUAAAUAUCCUUUAGAUUCAAUAAUUUCAGAUAUUGUUAUAAAUGAAAACUUAGAAGAAAGCGAAUUUUACCUUCCGAUUGAUAAUGCAAAAUAAAUAUUUUUUGCCGGUUUACAGGGUCGGAAACGAG